AUGGCACCGGCGCAGCACCAACACCCUGACCUGGUGGUCGAUGACACUCAUCCUGUCGAGGCCGAAGAGGAAAGAAGCCAGACCGAAGCUCAGGAUGAUGUAGCUCUGCUGAAAACGAUGGGCUAUAAGCCUGUCCUUCAUCGGACGUACUCGUUGUUCGAAAAUUUUGCUACCACUUUCGCGGCUCUCUACUUCAUCGGAGGUGUGCGCGUCACGUUCAGCACGGGUAUUGCAGCGGGUGGAAACUUGGCCUACUGGACGAGUUACCUGGUGACGCUAGUCUUCACCUACAUCACAGCCGCAGUAAUUGCAGAAGUCUGUUCUGCAUCUCCGUCCGCCGGAUCGAUCUACUUGUGGGCUGCCGAAGCUGGCGGUCCUCGGUUUGGUCGACUCCUGGGCUUCAUUGUCGCUUGGUGGAGCACGACAGCAUGGACCACCUUUUGUGCCAGUAACACUCAGGCGGCCGUCAACUACAUGCUGUCGGAGCUGACGGUGUUCAAUGUCGACUUUCCCACGGACACCUCUUCCGUCAAAUUCCGUGCCGUCCAAUGGAUCUGUACAGAGAUCCUCCUGGCCUUGGCCGCUCUUUUGAACUUCAUGCCCCCGAAAUACUUCCGUUGGGUCUUCUACUUCUCGUCGAUGGUCGUCCUUCUGGACUUCUUCCUCAACAUCAUCUGGCUGCCGAUCGGCGUCGCCAACACCUGGGGCUUCCGCACCGCCGAAGAAGCCUUCAUGUCCACCUAUAACGGGACCGGGGCCCCGGCGGGAUGGAACUGGUGUCUGUCCUACCUUGCUACCGCGGGUAUCCUGAUCGGCUUUGACGCGUCCGGCCAUGUAGCCGAGGAGACCAAGAACGCCUCCGUCACAGCCGCGCGUGGUAUUUUCUGGAGUACGGUCGUGAGCGGCAUCGGAGGGCUGGCAACGAUCAUCCUUUUCUUGUUCUGCGCGAACACGGCAAUCGCCAUCGUCGCCGCAUCCCGUCUCGUCUUCGCCGUCGCCCGCGAUGGCGUCCUCCCCUUCUCCAGCUGGGUCUCCCGCGUCCACAACGGCCAGCCCCGCAACGCCGUCAUCGUCGUCUGGACCGUCGCCGGCAUCGUCACCUGCACCUUGCUCCCAUCCGACGUCGCCUUCACGUCGUUGGUCUCGGCCGCGGGCGUGCCCAGCGCCGCGGCGUACGGACUGAUCUGCCUUGGGCGGCUGCUCUGCACGCCCAAGCGGUUCCCCAAGCCGGCGUGGAGUCUCGGCAGGCUGAGCAAGCCGUUCCAGUUCAUCGGGGUGUUUUGGAAUGGCUGGGUCGUGGCUGUGCUCUUUUCCCCGUAUGCGUUUCCUGUCACCGGGGCGAACCUGAACUACGCUCCGAUCAUCAUGGCGGGAGUUACAAUCUUCGCUCUGGUUUCGUACUUCGUCAUGCCGGAGGAAGCAUGGCUGCCGCGGAACCGCAUCUCGCACUUUAUCGACAGCAAAGGCGUGGUCACAGAGACCGUGGAGGAAGUCAACCAAUCUCGCGGUGAGGGUGCCAGCUCAUCGCGUUGA